AUGGCUGGGGAGUGUGGGGGAGGCAAGGUAGUUUGUCUUAAAGAUUUGGGCCUCAAACCUGGAGAUGGUAUAAAAAUAGAAGGAGACAUACUGCCUAAUGCCAAGAUGUUUAGAUGUGACCUGGGCAUGGAUGAAGAAAACAUUGCCAUGCACUUCAACCCACGCUUCCACUAUAUUGCUUUUCACAACAUCAUCAUCUGCAAUUCUAAGUCAGAUGGCGUUUGGGGAGUAGAACAAAGGGACACCAACCUCCCCUUUGCACAAGAUAUGUCGGUGGAGAUUUCCAUAACCUUUGAAGGGCAGCAGUUCAGAGUGAGGAUGCAGAAUGACCAUGAGAUCACUUUCCCCAAUCGCCUUGACUUGAAUCAGAUACACUACCUGGCAGUUACUGGGGACUUCAGUGUUAGAAAGGUGGACUUCAAAAGUGACUUCGCAUCAAGCCAGCUUCAGAUCGUUUUUGACUCUUGA